AUGGCUGACGAUGAUGGAAUGAUGCUUUUGAACCUGGACACCGCUUCCAGCGGCGAUUUUGGCCCACAAACAACCAAGAUAAAUGGUGGAAAGUGGAAAGAUCGCAGACGUGCCAGGCAUCAGCAGAAAGCGGCAAGCCGUAGGGACAAUGGCGCCGAAACACAGGAUCAGCUGCCUCAGAAGCGUUCUCGGGCCUCAGACUCCAAAAACCCGGUGAAAAAAGUAGCCAAAACUGCGGCGAAAGGUGCGAAAAGUAACACUAAAAACAAUGGCAUCAGCAGUGAUCAAUAUGUCUCGUCACUGUUCACUUCCAACAGAGACAUGGUCACUUCCACAAACAGCAAUGCCCACGAUGAGAGCUCGAAAGUUGACCCCUCGAACGCACCUCUUCUACAGGACUCGUUCGAAGCACUUGGAGUGGCAGCUCCCUUGUUGCAACUUCUGAACGAAAAAAUGCGCAUCACCAAACCUACCAGAGUCCAGAAAUUGAGUAUCCCCACCCUUCUGGAGGCCCAAAACGAUGUCUUCGUUCAUGCCCAGACCGGGUCCGGUAAAACUUUGGCGUUUCUCUUGCCGAUUUUGACUCGAAUCUUGGCAAUGAAGGAGCGUGUGGACCGACAAUCGGGCUGUUUUGCGAUGGUUAUCACGCCUACCCGUGAACUGGCCUCUCAAAUCUAUUCUGUGAUGCUGACACUGACUCAAUGCUGUCAUUACAUUGUUCCUUGUCUGCUGAUCGGUGGAGAGCGUAAGAAGUCCGAGAAAGCGAGACUUCGCAAAGGUUGCAACUUCAUCAUCGGUACACCUGGGCGUAUUCUGGAUCACAUCGAAAACACACAAGUCAUCAAAGAGCAGCUGGCUUCGACAAUGAGAUAUCUGGUCCUAGAUGAAGGUGACAAGCUCAUGGAACUGGGAUUUGAGGAAACCAUCACUAAAAUCAUCAGCUUUCUUCACGAGGUUCCUCUGGACAACGCAAAAUUCCCACAGCUUCCUCCACGUAUCACCCAUACGCUGUGCAGUGCAACCCUCAAAGGUGGUGUCACCAAACUCGGAAAUGUGACGCUGAAAAAUUAUAAGAUGAUCAGUAGUGGUCGAAAAGAACAAGAAGUUAGCACCGUUCCCGACCAGCUGCUGCAAAGUAUCAUUGUUGUUCCUCCCAAGCUGCGAUUGGUGACAUUGGCAGCACAACUCAGCAACAUUACCGCAGAUCACCUUGCUGCUGAACCCAAGGAAACCACCCGGACAAUUGUGUUCUUGUCAUGUUCCGAUAGCGUCGAGUUUCAUUACGACGCUUUUUCUUACGAUAAUGGUAGAAGUCGUUCUUUGGUCGGUGACUCUGCUAGAGCGCUUUCUGGAAAUUCCACAACUUUGCCCUGUCUGUCGCAAAUUACAGCCCCAUCCGUGGUAUGCUACAAACUUCAUGGUUCUUUAUCGCAACAAACCCGUACUGCGACUUUGCAAAGCUUCUCUAGCGAUACUGACGCUACCCGUGGGAAACAUCUGAUAAUGUUCUGCACCGAUGUUGCCAGUAGAGGUCUGGAUCUGCCGCGUGUCAGUUCUGUACUGGAAUUAGACCCUCCGUUUGCUGUUGAGGAUCAUUUGCAUCGUAUCGGUCGUACUGCUCGUGCUGGUGUUAGUGGGAAAUCCCUGUUGUUUUUACUACCGGGUGAAGAAGAAGGUUAUAUGGACUACAUCAAGCCUUACCAUCCCAAAGGCUGGAAACUGUUGAAGUUCGACCAGGACAUUCUGAAACCUGCUUUCACAGAAUCUAACGUUUUGAGAAGCGACAGGAAGUCCGAGAAGGACGUUUCCACCGAGUGGGAUAAUAAUGCAACCACCUGGCAUCUCAACAUUGAAAGAAGAGUUCUUGGAGACCCAACGUUCAAAGAGAGCGCAGUGAAAGGCUUCAUGAGUCACGUAAGGGCAUACGCAACCCAUUUAUCGCAAGAGAAGAAGUUCUUUAAUGUUAAAUGCUUGCAUUUGGGUCACUUGGCCAAAAGUUUUGCAUUGAGAGAAAGACCAAAAGCUAUGGGAGCAGCAGGUCCUCAUAAUAAGAACGGAGAAGCUUCAACGAAGAAGCCUAAAGAGGACACAAGAACGAAGAUGCUCCGCUUGGCGGACAUAGCUAUGCGUCAAAGCCAGAGGGAAUUCAAUUACUGA